AUGGAGGCCACUUCGGCUUCUGAGGGCAAAGAUCCCUCUGCUUUCCUUGGAGAAAUCACCGGCGCUCCAGUCACCGUUAAGCUAAACUCCGGCGUUGUCUACAAAGGCGAGCUACAGUCAGUUGACGGCUACAUGAACAUCGCCCUGGAGAAGACCGAGGAAUACGUGAAUGGUAAAAUGAGACGGAGCUACGGCGAUGCCUUUGUGCGAGGGAACAAUGUACUCUACAUUUCAGCGGAUUAG